AUGAAUGGAAUAAGCGUCUCGACGGAGAAACCGGCGACGGUUGAGUCUCCUUCGAAUAAUGAAGAGAGAGCCCAAAGAUCAGGUGUACUGGAUAAGCUCAUGCAGAUCAAGUCGAACAUUACCGUGGAGCCGAUUAUCGCGUGUUACAUUAUGUCGAAUGUGUUUUCUGGACUCGCUAUGCAAAAUUUGUGUUUGGAGAAGGCGUGUCGAGUUAAUUUGGGAUACAGCGACGAAGUAUGUUCGGCGCUAAACCGACGACAGACAGCGAAUUACACAGUGGAAGAGGCGGAAGUACAAAAAUUGACCGCGUCGGUCCAGGCAUGGAAGAAUAUUGUACAAACAACGUUCCCGUGUAUACUGGUUCUGUUUGUCGGAUCGUGGAGUGACAAAACAGGGAAGAGGAAGGCGUGUAUACUUCUUCCCAUUGUCGGGGAAGUGCUAUGCUGCACUGGCUUCAUUCUAAACACAUAUUUCUUCUACGAAUUGCCUUUGGAGGUCACGGCCCUCGCGGAUCUGUUUCCGUCGUUAACAGGAGGAUGGAUAACCGUGUGCGUGGGCGUGUUCAGCUACAUCGGUGACGUAACGACAAAAGAAAUGAGGACAUUCCGAGUAGGAGUGGCCAAUUUGUGCAUGUCCCUCGGGAUACCUAUAGGAAUGUCGCUGAGCGGGAUACUGCUACAACAAAUAGGAUAUUACGGGAUCUUCUUCAUAUCCAAUUGUUUGUAUUUAGCGAGCUUGACCUACGGAUAUAUACGAUUGAAAGACCCAAACAUAGCGCAGGACCGACAAACGGAACAUCCCGUCGGUUGUCGAGGCUGGGUGUGUUCGUUCUUCGACGCGCGCCACGUGCGAGAGACGCUCACCGUAGCGUUCCGCAGUGGGCCAAGGAGACGCAGGCUGCGUGUGUCGCUGCUGAUCGUCGUGGUGUGCGUCAUAUUCGGCCCACUACACGGUGAAAUGAACGUACUCUAUCUCUUCAUGAGGUUUCGUUUCAACUGGGAUGAGGUGCAGUUCAGCAUGUUUUGUACAUACAGCAUAAUCACCAAUUUAGUUGGUACCUUGUUCUCGAUCAGCAUAUUCAGCGAUUUCAUGAAACUGGACGACACAGUGGUGGGGAUCAUUUCAUGCACGAGCAAGAUUCUCGCUUCCUUCGUGUUUGCCUUCGCCACAACUACCGUCGAAAUUUAUAUUGCACCUCUUGUGGAGAUAUUCAAUGGAACAUCGUUCAUAGCGAUGCGCUCCAUAGCAUCUAAACUAGUUACGAGUGAAGAGUUGGGCAAGGUGAACUCUCUAUUCGGGCUAGCUGAGGCGAUGAUGCCGCUGGUGUACGGCCCGCUCUACUCCAGGGUGUACAUGGCCACAUUGAACGUCCUGCCCGGCGCGGUGUUCCUCCUCGGAGCUGGCAUGACAGUGCCGGCAGUCGCCAUAUUCGGAUGGAUGUACUUCGAACAUAGGGAAGACAACAGACAACCUGAAGAAACGGAUAGUGUGAAUUAA